GAACAUUCUGUGGAGAUGGGAUAUAGUAGUGACACACACAGCAAACCUUAAAAAUGCUCCUGUGAGUGCAGUGAAUAAGGAGGCAGAACUAGAAACAGAGGUCCAUAGACACUAAACAACAACGUUCAGCCACAUCCUAGUGUCUUCCCCCUCAUCCUUGCUGUUGACUGCCAUUGCACUUCCUACAUCCAGAAUUCUUCUUCUAAAGCCUACUCCGUGUCAUUUUCACCUGUAGCUAGGUGCCAUCCUCACUGCUCCUGUCAGGUAAACAACUCUUCCCCAACCGGAUGCUCUGUUUCCCCCGAAGUGAAAUCAGCGUGUGAAAGGAGCGGAGGUGCAUUCCUCAGAGAUGGCUUUUGCGUCGCGUUUGGUCUGCUUUCAGCGAUCGAAGCAAUCGCGCAACCCGAGAAAACAAGGCUAAUGGGGUCGCCUGCCACGUAAUUGCUGGAGAAUGGUGCUGAAGGGACAGCUCCCACCUCGCCUCUCUUGAAAGGCAGGGGAAGCCUUGGCAGCAGCGCUCCUUUCACCUUGGAGCUGGAGCGAGUGGAGAGGCGCUUGGAUGGAGCAGCGGCGACUCCUUCAGACGUUUUGAGCCCACCCUGCCGAGGACACCCUCGCCUACUCCCCCCCCCCCAUGUUUUUGUGAUGCUUUUUUCUCCUCCGCGAAGCUAAAGCGUCUCCUCGAACUGGCACAAUGACUGAAGAGAGGUUUCCUAGCAGCAGGUGGGGGCUGCUUCCCUUGCUUUCGGGGUUGGCAGUCAAGGGCGCUGGCAUGGCCACCUGAAGAUGGGAGGAGCGCCCCCCCCUUCCCCGCUACAACAAGUAGUUCUUCGUUUGACACCAACACAACCGAGUCUGGAGGCAGCUGCGAAGGAAAGAGCGUUUGCAAUGUGAAGAGCAGCCUCCUUCUCUCGUGUCACCAAGUCAUGUCUGAGCCACAGAGAUGGGGAAGCUCGAGGACCACGAGAGGGUGAUCCUCAACGUCGGGGGCACGAGGCACGAGACCUACCGGAGCACCCUCAAGACGCUGCCGGGCACCCGCCUGGCUCUGCUGGCCUGCGAGUCCCCCGGCGGCGGGGAAGAGCACCAGGCGCCGCCCCUGCCGGCUCCCCCGCCGCCCCUGCCCGCCCCCAACCCGGGACCUAACCCGGGAGGAGGCGGCGGCGGCGGCGCGGGAGGCCCCUUGGACGGCGCGGGCGGCAGUGCCUGGAGCCCGCGCAGCAAUGGCGGUGGCGGCGCCGCCACGUGCUGCGAGUUCUUCUUCGACCGGCACCCGGGCGUCUUCGCCUACGUGCUCAACUACUACCGCACGGGCAAGCUGCACUGCCCCGCCGACGUGUGCGGGCCGCUCUUCGAGGAGGAGCUGGCCUUCUGGGGCAUCGACGAGACCGACGUGGAGCCCUGCUGCUGGAUGACGUACCGGCAGCACCGCGACGCCGAGGAGGCGCUCGACAUCUUCGAGGCGCCCGACCUCAUCACCGGAGAGCCGCCCGCCGAGCCUGACGACGACGAGCUGGCUGCCAAGCGACUGGGCAUCGACGACGUGGGAGCCGCCGCCGCAGCUGCCGCCGCCCUCGGAGCCCCGCUCGACGUCAAGGGCGGCCGCUGGAAGAGACUCCAGCCGCGCAUGUGGGCGCUCUUCGAGGACCCUUACUCUUCCCGCGCCGCCAGGUUCAUUGCGUUUGCUUCUUUAUUCUUCAUCCUACUUUCAAUCACAACCUUUUGCCUGGAAACCCACGAAGCAUUCAACACCAUCAAAAACAAAACAGAGCCAACCAUCAAUGGUUCCGAGGUGGUUCUACAGUAUGAAAUAGAGACGGACCCUGCUCUGACGUAUGUUGAAGGAGUAUGCGUGGUGUGGUUUACAUUUGAAUUUUUAGUCCGCGUUGUUUUUUCACCCAACAAACUUGAAUUCAUCAAAAACCUAUUGAAUAUCAUUGACUUUGUGGCGAUUUUGCCCUUCUAUCUUGAGGUGGGCCUAAGUGGGCUGUCCUCCAAAGCUGCUAAGGAUGUGCUUGGUUUCCUCAGGGUGGUCAGGUUUGUGAGAAUCCUGCGAAUCUUCAAGCUCACCCGACAUUUUGUGGGCCUCAGGGUGCUGGGUCACACGCUCCGAGCAAGCACCAACGAGUUUUUGCUGCUGAUAAUAUUUUUGGCAUUAGGAGUAUUGAUAUUUGCCACCAUGAUCUACUAUGCUGAGCGAAUAGGAGCCAGACCCAACGACCCUUCUGCUAGCGAACACACAGAGUUCAAAAACAUCCCCAUUGGUUUCUGGUGGGCUGUGGUCACCAUGACAACUCUUGGGUAUGGAGACAUGUAUCCAAAGACAUGGUCAGGGAUGCUAGUGGGUGCUCUGUGUGCUUUAGCUGGGGUGCUGACUAUAGCCAUGCCUGUGCCUGUUAUUGUCAACAACUUUGGAAUGUACUAUUCUCUGGCUAUGGCGAAACAGAAGCUUCCGAGAAAGAGAAAGAAGCACAUCCCACCUGCUCCUCAGGCAAGCUCCCCUACAUUUUGCAAGACAGACUUGAACACAGCCUGCAAUAGCACACAGGGGGAAGUCUGUCUGGGCAGAGACAACCGGCUGAUGGAACACAAUAAAUCAGUGUUAUCAGGUGAAGACAGUACAGAAAGUGAGCAGCCACUGUCACCUGUGGAAAGGCUCCCACCAAUCAGACGCUCUAGUACCAGAGACAAAAACAGAAGAGGGGGAACAUGUUUCCUACUGACAGCAGGUGAUUACGCGUGUGCUACUGAUGGAGGGAUCAGGAAAGUGUUAUACAGAAUUUAUCAUGGAUUUUUGACUGCUGAAAAAGGGACAAUGGAAUUUAGCCAUACCAAGGACUGUACUGGAAAGAGACUGCUCCUCCUGAAUGGGUCCUGAUAAUCACCUGCCGCCUUGAAGAGAUCCUUCCAAUUUCCUAUGGAAGUGGAGCUUGUUAUGGGGAUUAAGGACCAAUUCCAACUGCUGCUGCUGCUGCUGCUGCCAGCAGACACAAUUAUUAGUCACUAUUGAUGAAUCAGCUGUACAUAGGUUGUGUGUGCAUGGAAUAUCAGCUUUAGUCAUCUAUGCCAAGAGAUGCUGAAUUCAAAGACAUCAUCUCUGAGACUCCACGGGGGGGAAAAAAAGGCCGACACACCUCUUUGUGUAUUCUUCCUGGUCCCUACAGUAGGUUCUGCUGUGGAUCAUACAGAGGCACACAUGUUUAACAAUAGUGAUGUAAACGCUGUCUGUCAUAGGUUUCCUCAUAACAACUGUAUUUUUGCAAAGUUUGUAACUCAUGAACGUUACUGGCAUGGGAUUUUGCUACAAGUCUUUAUGCUCUCAGUUCGCCAUAUCUAUAUUUUUAUGAAUACUAGUGAACAUGCCAAUGUUUCGGUUUACUUUUGAAAUGGAUAAGAAAUAUGUGACUGCAGACAUAAACAGUAA